GUUAGAGCUGUAUUUGGAUCUUUGCACCAGUUCGCAAAAUACGCGAUGCCAAUCCAAAUCAAAGAAAGAUCCAAGACAGAAGAAGCGUUCCCUGAAUAGAAGAUCUAUCCGAGCAAGCUUUGAUCAUGCACUGAUCAUUCACAGAGCAUAGAAGAUACUAGCCAGUAGAAACAAUACCUUCAUAAAACAACCGAACCGAUAUUAAUUGAGAAUUAUUGAAGAUGUCGAUGUCAACGAACCUUGCGCUUGGCGCUGGCUGCUACUGGGGAACAGAGAAGUAUAUCGUGAAAGACUUCCAGAAGAGGUUUCCCAACAGCAUUGCAAGUGCGAGUGUUGGCUUUAUGAGUCCCCAUGACACCGCCAAGGCGAAUCCGUCGUACCGCGAAGUGUGCAGUGGCACUACCGGUCAUGUGGAAGUGCUGAACGUCGAGUUGAACGACCCUGCGGCGCAUUACGAAGAAUUAAUCAAAUUCUUUUUCAUGUUUCACGAUCCCACCACUUUGAAUCGUCAAGGCAACGAUGCCGGCACGCAGUACGCCUCGGCCAUUUUUUGUUCCGACGACCAGCAGCUCAAAAUUGCCAAUAAAGUCAAGGCCGAGCUCCAAAGCUUGAUUGACGCCAAAAAGGUGACUAGCUAUUCGUCUCCCAAAGUGGAAACGGGAGUUGUCCCCUAUACCGUCUUUUAUCCCGCCCACGAAGAACAUCAGCAGUAUUUGGAGAAAAAUCCGUCGGGAUACUGCAACCACCGAUACCGAUUCCGGGAAUGGCCUAAUUGACUAGGAACUGCUGAAGAACAGCAACAACAAAAGUCCAACAAACCUAACUGUUGUUGUCUGCUGUAAAAAAGAGAAAGAAAAGUAGAAGAAAACUGUUGACGCAAUCCACUUGUCUAUGUGAAUGUUAUGCUUGGUCUGUCUCCCUCUGGCAGGUUGCUCUCAUGGGUAGACCUGUCACAGCAAUCAAUCAAUCAAUAAGCAACAAUUUUCUUUGUAUUAGUGCCAAAGUAUUAUCUCAUCUUCGCGACUACAUGUAUAUCAUACUUCGCUAUAUGCUCUGUAAUCGUUCUGUGAGUUGGCACCCCAGACGUCAAGGAAUGAAAUGGUUGAUGGGCCAUCCUUUGGG